CCUCCUGCGCGGCCAUACGGUGUGACGUCAAGCCGGCGCAGACGUGGGAGCGGAGGCCGGGCACAAUGCUGGAGAAGCUUCGAAGAGGUUGUCAUCAUGUCAACGGAGAAUGGCUUCCCAUCAUGUGAUCAAAAAGAGACAAUGAGACAACUCAAUGAGAGACUUGCUGAGUUCAUGAAGCAUUGUCAUCUCCUGGAACAAUCUAACAUCGCAUUAAACAUGAAAAUUCAAGAGCGUUUAAGAAAAGGUGAACCACAACUACCAGCCUGGGAUGAGAAGGAAAAAGAGAGCCAUGAUCUCCUCCGCUCAAUCUACACGCUGAUCAUAAAAAACGCAGAAACAUCUUUGGAAAUUGACAAUCACAACAUGGACCUCGCCCAGCUUGAACAGAGAGUUACCAAAGAGGCCGCUGAAAAGAACAGGAUACUGGAGAAAAACCAAGUCCUGAGAACAAUGGCAAAUGAAUUUUCACAGAGCAAGUGUGAUUUAAAAAUAAUUAUUAUGGAUAAAGAACAAGAAAUACUGGACUUAAAUUCUAAUCAUCAAGAGAAAGUCCAGGCUUUGCAGCAGUUAAAACAUCCCAUCGAUGAUAUUCAGUUUGCUACGGUGGAGGAUGGGAGCAGGAUGGAACUAUCCCAGCUCCUCAAUGAGAUCCGAAGACACUAUGAGGCUCUCAUCAGCAGAAGUCCCAUCGACGACGACCUACCAGCCAGGAGACAGCUGCAAGAAGAAGAAGCCCGGGAGAAGAUGCAGAAGGAUGAUGAGGAACUGAGGGCAGCCCGGGCCAGUCUUUAUGAAGCCAGGAAGCAAUGGAAAACCCUACAGACUGAAAUUGAGUCUCUCCAAGCAAUGGAAAGAAGUCUAAAGUUCACCCUACAUGAAACGGAGCAGCACCACCAGAAACAGCUGGAGGCUCUGUCUGCUGUUAUUGCCGAUUUACAGGAAGAGCUGCAGGAGGUAAGGGAAGGAGUCCGGACACAGCUACAGAAGCACAAGAUGCUCCUCAACACCAACAUGAAGCUGGAGCAGGAAAUCUCAGCGUAUCGCAACCUACUGGAAACUGAAGAGACCAGGUUAUAUGGUACUAGACAGGAAUCCAAGUUAUCUACCAGCAAAAUAGGCUUUACCCUUCCUACCGGUGCCGUGCAAAAGAGUUCAAAGCUUUACAGGGAAUCUCCAGAGCAGCACGACAAACAGCAAGCAAUAUUUAAUGGAAAUAUUGCGGAGGAGGGUGCGGAGGCCACAGGCACAGUGCAGAAAGAGAAAGUGGACGAAAUCAUAAGACAGUGGGAAGGCUCCUUCUUCAAGGACAAUCCUAAACUCAGAAAGAAAUCGGUGUCUUUACGAUUUGACCUCCACCUGGCGGCUGCCGAUGAGGCAUGUUCCCACACCAAAAAAGACAAUACCCCUGACAUAGAGGUGCGGUUAAUCAUGAGACGCUCGUGUAGCAUUCCCACCAUGAGUCCCUGACAGCACAUUUACCCACCCAAAGAAAAAAAGGCCGACAGAUAAGACGAUACACAACAAUGGGUAAUAGUGCUAACAAUAUCAAGACAAUGGGUCGCGUUGGAUCUAAGAGGAAUAACGAAAACACAUUUUUCAUGCAAGUCUUGCAGUUUACUAUGAUUUCUAUGUGUAUUUGCAGGCAUUAAUUUUUGCUCUUCCAUCAAUGUAAGCCAUUUAGAUUUGUCUCUGCAUGCUCCAAGCCAGGUAAAGGUAAAAAAGUAGCAGCCUAAAAUAUAGAUAUUUGAAUUAUUUGUUGCCAGCCGCUUCAAUUUACUUCAAAAGCUCCUUCACGAUCCCCUGUUUUAUACUUCUCCGUCACCAUUACAUGACUCUUCAAAUUCACUAACACGUAUUUCAAGGAAUUGUCCACUAUUAGAUAACCUCAUUUAAAUCACCUGUUGAGGACAUUAUGACCUAAAAGUCCAGGGAUAAACCAGGAAAAGUCCAGGGAUAAACCAGGAAAAGUCCAGGAAUGAACAUUCGACUGUUCUAUAGCAAAGCUAAAUAGGGUGCUAUUGAUCUACCAUAUAUUGGCCCAGAUUUACUAAGAGUGUGGUGUAGGUUUCCUUGUGGAUUUUAAUUCCCUACAAUUUUUUUUCCCACAGGAUUUACUAAGCUUUCCCUACAUUUUUCACUUUUCCUUACAUUUUCCUUUUUUUACACAUGCUCUGAUCUGUGGGGUUUUCCUCAGCUCCAAUCCACUAAAUUUUCUGUGGAAACCUUAGUAAAUAUGUUGGGUACACCCCCCCUCCCCCCUUUUGGUGACCACACCCCCUUUCCCUGACGACCACGCCCCUUUUUCGGGUUUUCUUGGAGUGGAGAGUUAGUCGGGUUUUUUUCAAUUCUGGCACAAAUUCUGGCGCAGACAGAAUUUCUGGCGCAAUGCACCAGAAUCUGGCGCACAACAUGACAAAACAUGUUGGGCUUGCAAUAGUAAAUUAGGGCCAUUGUCUUUUAUGAUGGGCCACCACUGCUUGAGUUCAAAGUUUAAGAAAUGUGACCAGCAAUGGUGGUGGACAAACCUAUCAAACAUGGUUCUAGUGGCGUAGCUAAUGGUGAAAAGGGGCUUACAACUGUGGUGAGGAUCUAAGUGCAUUGAGUUGGUAUCAUAUGGAAAAAGAAACAAUACUUAGGGAAGUGGUUAUUAUAAUCUCAAGGGUACGGUCUUACGUGGCGCAGCAACAUGGACAAGGUGUAGCCAUAACUAGGAGCAUAAAACUAGUUGUGUCCAUAAGGGUCAACAAAGAGCAGAUUUACUUAAAUGGGUAUUCUGAACGCUGGAGCCGGUGUCGGGAGCUCGUGACGUAAUAGCCCUGCCCCUCAUGAUGUCAUGCCCCGCCCCCUCAUUAUGUCAUGCCCCACCCCCUCAAUGCAAGUCUAUGGGAGGGGGCGUGAUGGCUCUUAGACAGAAAAGAACAAUUCAACUUCAGCAGCUCAUAAGUACUGAAUGGAUUACUGAAUGGAUUAAGAUUUUUUAAUAGAAGCAAUUUACAAAUCUAUUUAACUUUCUGGAGCCAGUUGAUUUAUAUAUAUAUAUAUAUAU